AUGAGCCUCAGCAAUCUGAACAACCAGAAUCGAUCCCAUGCCAUUGGUACCAGUAACAACGCUAACCCUUUCAACGACGCUGUUCUUUCUGUUUUGCGGUCGAGUUCUUCAGAAGCUGUUCUUACUAGUACUAAUAGCUUGGAGUCUGAGCUGCUGCGACUUGAGCUUGAGCUUCUGAAUAGCAACCAGCGAGUUGCAACAUCCGAGUCAAGUUCCGAACGAGAACCGACGAACCCCCAAGUCCCUGCUGCCAUGAGCACGAGGCUCAGGCUCCUUCAAGCCCACGAAGAAACUCAGAGAGAGGAGGAAUCCAUCAAUGCCAGGAUCAGGAUGCUCCAGGCUCAGAUGCAACCAGAGUCUCAAACAGAAUCUCAACCUUCUGCUCUGGCUUCUGAGCAGCACACUCGGUUGCAAUGCAUCAAGUCCCCUCUGGCUGGGGCUGCUGCAUUUGCCAGUACGAAUACGCAUGCCAAUGGCCACCUUCAAGCACAGCUUUUCAUGAUGCAGCUGCAGCUGCAACGGCAACAGCAACAGCAAGAUCCUCCUCCUCCUGCUGCACCAGACGUCGCUUCCGUUGCCCUGUCCACCUUGCAACUUUGCCAAGAACUCGGCAUGUCCAAUGAACAGUCUCUUGCACUUGCCGUCACUGCAGCCAAAACCGUGCAGGGCUCGGCUCAAGACUCCCGAAAUGACUUCACCACAAAUAAUGAAGUUGCUCCCGAUCCUCCAAGCCUUGUUCCUGGUAAUGGUCCUACAAGCGUUGUUCCAGAUCCCCCCGCAAGACCCAGUGAGGAGGCCUCCUCGUUGGAAGCACUGCUUCAGCUCGCACGCGAAACCAAUGACAUGUUGGUGCGGGAGGACCGACAGAAACAACAGCGGCUGCAACGACAGCUUCAAGAACAACGACAGCUUCAACAACAGAAACAAAAGGUCGGGCCACGCAAGGGACGUUCCAUCAUGUUCCCAAUCACAUUGCACAGCAUUCUAUGCACGGUGGAACGAGAGGGACGCAGCGACAUUGCCACAUUUACACCAGAUGGAUCCGGAUUCAUUGUCUUGAAACCAAAACUGUUUCUUCAAGAAUACCUUUCCAGGCACUUCAAGUAUUCCGGGUAUUCCAGCUUUCAGAGACAGGUCAAUCUGUACUGCUUUAAAAAGAGAAGGGUGGGCACCAAAAGCUUCUACUCGCAUCACAACUUCCACAGAGACUUCCCCGAACGAUGCCGGGAAAUGAUACGGACCAAAAUCAAGAGCAAAGAGAUGAUGUCUGAUGCUGUCGGAGAACUCGAGGAGGGACUGGAGGAAGAUCUCGAAUGA